AUGGCUACCAGCUUCCCCUACCCAGAAUCAAUACAUUCCAAGCGCCCAAAGACAGCAUCUGUAUUGAAGGCUUUUAUUCAUAAGCGCAACCCUUCGGAAGGAUCAGCUCUUUCACCUACCACUUCACCAAAUGACGUUUUUGUAGCUUCUCCAGCCUUCGAAGAUAUGCCAUCGCCGACGGAUUAUACCCACCAUCGCGCUCUCGCGGACAUUCAACGAAAUCAACAAACUUCUUCCAUCUUGGCACCUUACACGACUUCUCAGCAAGAAGGAUUACGACCAAAGACCGGUAUAGGGGGUAAGGGACUGCACAAGAAAACAUUGAGUGCAAUGUCGCUCAAAUCACUGGCAAGCCCGGUGAAGGAUUAUAACAAGGGAACAUCAAUUCGAGAGAAGUCCCCGACAAAACCUAAAAAGACCAAGUCUUCGACAAGUCUUGUUGGUCUCCUUACGCGCCCGAGGUCGUCGAAGAAUCUUAAGCUGGAUGUAGAGCUCGCGCAACGGAAUUCGAAAGAUAAGGAGAACCAAACCCCGGAGUUGUCAUCACCUGUCCCAGAAUCCACAACGCGUUCUCCGCGACCACCGAUAUAUUCACAAUUCUCGAGUGACAUGUUCACAAAACAACCUCUGGGAGGAAAGUUUCUAGAGGAUCAAAUUGAUCUCUAUACACCUGAGAAUUAUUCCCCCAGUAAACAACGAAACUUCUACAAUGGACCAAAUACACAACCGAGUCUUACAAACCGAGAAGGUGGAUCAUCACGGCCGCAUUCCACAUAUUUACCCAGCAGUUUCAGUAUCCAAGACAUUCAGAGGAAGAUGAGUGGAGAAAAUAAAAACAGAUGCAGUGUUGACAUUCCAAGACGGCAGGUCUCGAAUGAAAAGAAACAGAGUUUUGAUUUUCGGACUUCGAUGGACUUGAGGCCAAGACCAAGUUUCCAACGAUCGAGUACCGAAACGUCAGUCGCAUCCGUUAAAACAUCCAGCAGCACUCGAGGAUCUCGAGUCAUGGCAGCCGUUUCAAACUUCACGGCAAAGGCAAGAGGUGAUAGUGGAGGAUAUACUCCGGCACAAACACCGACCUCCGCGAACUUUGGACCCGACAGACCCCUCCAUGAUAGAGAUAUCGACGCCGAGUUCGAAGCUAUGUUGGACAGGCGGAAUAUUCCAGAACAUCAACGCGGGAAGAUGAGGAAUCUUGCUAAAUCAAUGAAGAAAGAUUUCAUAAAACAAGAUUGGGCUGAAACUGCCGCUGCGAAAUCUGUUAGGCCGGCUAGUCAUGGCAGCGACACGAGUGGCGAAAAUGGAAAGAAGGAGGAAGUACCGGAAGUGAAGAAGAAGAAGAGACCAAGAAGCCGAACAUUUACUCUCUCCAGGUCAACCAGUAAGGAACGACCGGGCGAUAAAGACAAGAAAUCAGAAGGGGUGGUGGGAAACAAGAAAUCUACCGAGUCUUUGAAUAGUGGAAGUAAAUCACUUACUUCUGCUGGCGCUCAAGUAGCACAGAAUUUGAUCGCCAAGGCCAAGGGUCAAACACCAGAUGAUUUUGUCGCAUAUUUAAGAAAGGUCCAGAAACCAGAGUUGGUCGAAGUUGGAAGAUUGCAUAAACUCAGGCUUUUAUUACGAAAUGAGACGGUGGCUUGGACUGAUAAUUUCGUUCGUCAAGGUGGAAUGGAAGAGAUAGUGGGAUUAUUACACAGGACUAUGGAAGUCGAAUGGAGAGAGGAGCAUGAAGAUGCCUUGCUUCAUGAGGUUUUGCUCUGCUUGAAAGCACUUUCAACCACGGCUUUGGCUCUUCAACAUCUCAACAUUAUUCAAAAGACUCUCUUUCCCGCACUGAUUCACAUGCUAUUUGAUGAAGAGAAAAAGGGACCGGCGGAAUUCACUACUCGAAAUAUUGUGACUUCGCUUCUAUUUACUUACCUCAAAUCAGCUACCCUUAGCGAGCGCGCAACCAGAGCACGAUUUCUUCUCUCCUAUCUUCGUGACCCAGAACCAAGCGAAUCACAGCGCCCUGUGGAUUUUGUUCUCGAUAUGCGUCGUCAACGCCCUUAUCGUGUUUGGUGCAAAGAAGUAACUAACGUUACUAAAGAAGUUUUUUGGAUCUUUCUUCACAAUCUCAACGUCAUCCCUCGUCCAGAUUCGCGCCAUGCUCCAGAACGACUGAAUGAUUUACCUCCCGAUCUUCCUUACAUGAUUAAGCACUUCCCACAAGAACUUCCUCCGGUUCCAGCCGCACCAUAUGUUGGUGGUGUUGAGUGGGAUGCAACUAAUUAUCUCGCUUCUCACCUUGACAUCGUCAAUGGCUGCAUUGCAUCCUUACCCACUCUUGAGGAACGUAACCAGGUCCGCGAGGAACUGAGAGUCUCCGGUUGGGAAAAAUGUAUGGGAUCUACUUUGCGCUUAUGCAAGGAGAAAUUUUAUGGUGGUGUUCAUGCGGGAUUGAGAUGUUGGGUUGCCGCUGCAAUUGAAGAUGAUUGGGAGACAAAAGAUGUGAGAUGUGGUCCUAGUACUGACAACAGAAGUCCAGUGCGGAAGAAUGCCAGUCCAAGCAAAGCAGCUGGUGCUCUGGUGGAAAGCACACCGCCUAAGAUUGAUAUGAAGUUGAGUUUUGCUCAGAAUAGAACUGAUAAUGGAGGAGAUGCUUGGCUUUGA